GCACUACCCCACUGUCCCGGACACUCGAGAAAGACAAGCCUUCAUAAGUUCAUUCUCCACAUCUUCAUCUUCAUCUUCAUCUUCAUCCCACAUAAACCUUCAAUCAAACAAACAAUGGCAGCCAAAUCAAGAUCAGAAACUAUCCCUAUGCUUGUAUUGUUCAUCAGCAUCCUCUGCCUGUAUUUCCCUGUGAAGACAACAGCGGCCGUUGAUUUGCUUUACGUGACUCUCAAGUGGCCAGGGACACUCUAUGAGUCAGGACAAUGCUGCAUGCCAACAACAGGGUCACCAGCGGAGGAUUUCUUGAUUGAUGACAUCAAGACAUACGACAGCGGAACUGGACAGUUUGUCAAGAACUGCGACCCAUCAUGCAGAUUCUCUAUUAAUAAGAUGCAUGAUUUGAUCACUGACCUCUACUCAUACUGGAGUGACUUAAGCUGCCCAUGCAACAACGGCCUACAAAACUGGAAGAACACCUGGUGCACGUAUGGCAAUUGCUCAAGCCUCAGCCAACAUGACUACUUUCAAACCGCGCUUAAUAUCAGUAGACGUGCCAACUUGCUCGAAGUCUUUGAAGUUAACGGCAUUGUACCCUCAACUUCCACCAGCUACAAGCUCCGAAACAUCCAGACCGCUCUCAUGGCCAAUCUCGGCUUAUCAACCCAUGUUGAGUGUGUCCAAAGAGGACCGUUUUGGCGGAGAACUACAUUGCUCUCCAAGAUCAACAUCUGUGUCUCUGCAAAUGGAAAGUAUCCCAUCGGUUGCCCUUUUGAUCAGAAGGUGGUUACAUGUAAUGGUGAUGUGUGGAUCUAUCCGUUUGCCAGCAAUAAGCUCAAAGAAUGUUGCUGGCCAGCUGGGUCUGGUGAUCACAUCGACAUGGUUACUGAGAAAUACCCUGCAAUGUGAUGAACUUGAUCCAGCUGCAGUCUUUUAAUUUCUAGUGAAAUUAUGGCUAAAUAAAUGUAAUGUUAUUAUAUCCUUGCAAAUCUAUGGACUGUAAUCCUGCAUGAACUGAAGUUAAAUGAGGAUGAAUAGCAUUAAAAAUCUUGGCUAAAUAAAUGUAAUGUUAUUAUA